AUGGGGGUAUCACCUUCAUACCCAAUUGACAAUUUUGACGAUUUAGACAGCCGUUUUGGGGCAGUUCUCGUGAGAUCAUUUAGUGUCACAGGCGGUGGUGGUGGGGAAUUGAAGGCUCCAUUCUUUCGCUCAGUGAGUUUCAACGGCCGCGAGGCUGAGCCAACGGUAAGAAAAUCAAACAGUACCGGGAAGAUAAUAAUGGAAAGAUCACUUAGCUUCGAAGGGAGGAAAUUAGACAACACGUUAUCGUUUAAAACUCCUCCUGCACCUGCAGAAAUGGAAUUGAAUGGUGUUCGCGGGAGGAAAUUGCAGCCGGCGGGUGUGUCGAAAAUGGCGGGUAAUCGGAGAUAUCAAGCUGCAUUGAGGUUGCAGAAAGUGUACAAGAGUUUCAGAACCAGGAGAAAGCUUGCAGAUUGUGCUGUUCUUGCUGAGCAAAGAUGGUGGAAGGUGUUAGAUUUUGCUGAACUCAACCGGGUAUCAUUCUUUGAGAUUGGAAAGCAUGAAACUGCCAUUUCUCGUUGGUCAAGAGCAAGAACCAGAGCUGCCAAGGUUGGAAAAGGUUUGUCCAAGGAUGAAAAGGCUCGAAAGCUCGCUUUACAGCAUUGGCUCGAAGCAAUUGAUCCUCGCCAUCGCUAUGGCCAUAAUCUUCAGUUUUAUUAUCGAACAUGGCUGCAUUGUCAGAGCAAGCAGCCCUUCUUUUACUGGCUUGAUAUAGGCGAAGGAAGAGAAGUUAACCUCCUUGAGAGGUGUCCCCGAUCGAAGCUUCAACAGCAAUGCAUUAAGUAUCUUGGUCCGACAGAAAGGACUGAGUAUGAAGUAGUGAUAGAGGGUGCACAAUUCCUUUACAAGAAGAGUGGGAAACUUCUUGAUACCACUGGAGGACCUAAAGAUGCCAAAUGGAUCUUCGUUCUCAGUGCAUCCAAGAGCUUGUAUGUUGGGCAGAAGAACAAGGGCACAUUUCAGCAUUCGAGUUUUCUGGCUGGUGGCGCGACAUUAUCAGCUGGAAGAUUGGUCGUCGAAAAUGGUAUUCUGAAGUCAGUUUGGCCUCACAGUGGACACUACCUUCCAACAGAAGAAAAUUUCCAGGCGUUCAUGUCAUUCCUCCACGAGUAUGGCGUGGAUACGGAAAAUCUGCAGAAAACGCCAGUUGAGGAGGAAGAAGAAGGCAAUAUCAAGAAGAGCAAGAGCCUGCAUAGCACUUCAUUGGAAGCAGAAAUCUAUAAGUACACUGAAGCAACAGAAGCUAAAACUUCAGCCCAAGAGGAUAUUGAUUCGCGAGAAGAGGACUCUAAGGCUGCAGAAAGUUCGGGUAAACUAAAAUCAAAAUUGUCUCGACGAUUUGGCUCGAAAGUUACAAGAGUUGAAGUACCCAAAAUAGGUGAUGUGUAUGAUAUUUUUAAGAAAGAUGUGCUUCCUCAAAAUUGUCAUUCUGAAAUUCCAGAAUCUCCUUCAGAAGAUGGUUAUGAAACAGCAGAAGAAUCAUUUUUGUCAGACGAAGAAUUCAUGGUUCCUAAAAAGAAUUUGUUUGAUGAGGAUGAUGAUAGUGAUGAUGAAAAUGAAAAGCACAUCCCAAAAGAGAAAAUCAUAAUGAGGAUAGAUUCACAUAAAGGAAUGAGAUCUUACCAGUUAGCUCAGCAAUUAUCCUCUAGAUGGAGCACAGGAGCUGGGCCCCGGAUUGGUUGCAUGAGGGAUUACCCUUUUGAACUUCAAUGCCGGGUUCUCGAGCAAGAAAACUUGUCUCCAAGAGCAAGAGGUGUAAGAGGUGCAUUUUCAAAUCCACUAGGUAGAAGUCCCCUUGCUCCAGAGCAAGGCGAAUCGUCCCAACCAGGCAAGGAAUAGACUAUAUUUAGACAAAAGUAUAUCUAUUGACUGGUCUUGGCGGUAGAGAAGAUGAAAUAGAAGUUAAUUUAUGUUCUUUCUAUACCAAUCUGUUACACAUUUCUUUUAGUAGACACAAAGUGAAAAUGAGAAUUUGUUGCCAUUCAAUAUAGAAAGAUGAGUACCCUUUCA